AUGGGUUGCUCGACCUCCAAGGGGGAUCCCUUGCGGACUAAUAAGGGAGCGGGAGAUGGAGCAGGUAGCCUUCGUAAUCCACCAGGAGGGAGAUGGAGUCAAACGGAUUAUCCCGACGUUGGGAACCAACGACAUUUACCCCAGUGCCACUUUUGCAAGCGCUUCAUCGCUGAAAAAGAAUAUAACGCUCACACAGUGAUGUGCGAUGAAAGGGAGAUGACAUGCUGGAACUCGUGGUGUCGCCAAAUGGUGAAGCAGGGCAUGUUGAGUAAACAUCUGGAAGAAUGUGCCAAGAAUCAGAGAGCUCUAUGCUACAAGUGUGGUACGGAGGUGCUCGCCAGCGAUCUGCAGGUUCACAGGGACACAUGCCAGCCAAAAAAGUGCUCGGCGUGUGGGGAGUUAUGCAUCACACGAAUUUUGAGUUGGUGUCCACAUAACUUUGGACGCAUUGGCGCCACGCAGGGGCCAUUUGCAACGGAGGCUCUGUCAAAGAAGUACCUCUCCGGAGGCGGUCGGCCGAAAGGCGCCUCUUCAGUUCAUAACAAUAGUCCCCCACACGUUAACUUCAAUGUAGCGCGGAUGCAGUUGCUAUGGCGCUGGAUAAAGACGAAAUCUAUUAUAGAAGAGACGCUGUUCCGUGUCAUGUCUAGAGAAAUGGAUCUGAAGAAAGAGGGUUUCGCCAUCUUCAAGGCAUUAGAUAAGGUGAACGAAUCACACGUGCUAGCACCCAAGCGGUCGCGGUCAAUUCUCCAGUCCCCCGUUGUCGCUCCCGCCGUCUCCUCUCAUUACUUCCCCACACGCUCUAGUGACCCCAUCACACUCGAUGUGGUGAGCCGUCUUAUGAAGGACCUCAGUGAACAUAUUCUCCCACCGUAUCCCGCCGUCUGGCGUGUCUUCACUGACGCUAUGUGUUAUCUGAAUACGAUGCCUAACGUCGUAUUGCUCAGUCCACCCCUCGGUGCACGGGUGGUGAAUGGACGCGUUAAUCAAGGUUCUAAGGUGGUUGUCGUGGGGGACCUGCAUGGGCAGCUGGCGGACCUCUUGCAUAUUCUCAAGGAGUGCGGCAUGCCAAACGACUCGACGUAUUACAUCUUCAACGGAGACUUCGUGGAUCGGGGUCCGAAUGGUGUAGAGGUUCUGCUUAUUAUCUUUUCUCUGAUGCUCGCUUGCCCGAAGUUUGUCACUUUGAACCGGGGCAAUCAUGAGUGCGACUACAUGAAUGAAGAAUACGGUUUUGAUGUAGAAGUGAGUACAAAGUACGAUCGCAACGUCUUCCGGCUCAUUCAGCGCUGCUUCUGCGCCAUGCCGCUCGCAACGAUCAUUGGCAGGAAAGUGUUUGUCGUGCACGGCGGCGUCCCACGGCGCAAGGGGGUUCGUAUCGAGGACAUCUCCCGCAUCCAGCGCUUUCGACAGAUUCCCAUGCCAGACUACUCGCAGCCUGAAGAGGAUGAGAUCUUUCAGGAUCUGCUGUGGUCGGACCCCGUUGAGGAUUUGCAGGGCUGGCGUGAGUCCCACCGUGGCGCUGGUGUAGAGUUCGGACCCGAUCUGACGCAUGAGUUCCUCCAAAGCAAUGGGUUGGAGCUCAUUAUUCGCUCACACUGCGACUGUGAACGCGGGUACGAGGAGUUCCAUGAUGGCAAGCUCGUAACGGUUUUCUCAGCGAGCAAUUACAACGGUCCCGACACCAACUAUGGAAGUGUGGCCGUUUUUAUUGGUGACAACCCCGAGCCAUCCUUCUCUGUGCACAAGGUGCUGGAAGAUGACCUUGAAGCGCACCACCAUGUAGACCUUGGCGAGACCCAAACCGGCGGAUUGGGUAUGACCUUAACCUCACUUUCUAUGCUGCACUUAGUGCGGCCUGCUAUCCGCCGUAGAACAAAGGAUGAGGUGCUUCGGGUGCUGCGCGAACGUGUGUAUCAGCGCCGGCAUCGUCUCAUGGCGUACUUCAACAAGCUUGAUCGCACACGGAAGGGGUCUGUGUGGAAGAUUGAAUGGGUGGAGGCCAUGCGCAACGUCCUCAACACCGACCUCCCGUGGUUCUUUUUGCGUGGCUACCUAGCAGCAGAGGAUGACGACGGUCGUAUUUGGUAUUCCCUCUUCCUCGUGAAGUUUCACAACAAACUGCAGUCGCUUUGGCUCAACGAGUGGAUUAGCAGCGCGCGCGAUCGCCUCAUUCAGCAACAGAGGGCUAACCACCGAUCACAAUAUGUUGCGAAUUCUUUUAACAGGGAGCAAGUGGGCUAUAACGAAUUCUGUUCCGUCAUGCGUGCUAUCGAUUACACCAUGAGCGAUGGACACCUCUUUCAACUCUUCGUACACUUUGACGAGCGUGGCGUUGGCUUCAUCGAUGGUCGCAAGUUUGUGCAUAUGCUCUCCGAGGCAAAUACUUCACACCCCGGCGCGGACCCACUCCGUUGGGAUCUGGAGGCGAUGGAGCAACUGCAGUCUGUAGUUAUACAAGGCCGUGGCCAGCUGCAGUACCUCUUUAAGGUAAGUACAAAGGAUUGCGUGCUCACGAAGGAGUCAUUCAUGUGGGGACUGGAGCAGCUUGGCCGUGGAAUGCGGAGGCAACUCACGCAGCAGCAGAAGGAAAGGAUAUAUGAGUACUUGCUUGAGCGCGCGCCUAAUGGUUCUGUGUUGUUCGGGCAGUUCCUCUUCAUGACUACUGUUUUUGAUAACUGCACCAUGUCGACUUCUUCGGCUAUUGAUUUGGCAGACAUUAAUCUGGUAGCGUACUGCUUAAGAAACUGUAGCUUUUCCUCCUUUGUGAGAGAUUGA